AUGGACACAGUAGAGUUUGCCCAGGAGAGCGGCGGCAAUGUACGCGAGAUCUACGGCUUCGUUGCUCUCGUAUCAACAAGCAUUCUCUACGUGGUGUAUCUAAUAUGGGCUUUCAUUCCGGACCGUUAUCUCGUUUCUGCAGGCAUAAAGUGGUAUCCAAGUAGAGAAUGGUCAAUUCUAGUACCAUCCUACACUAUGGUCGUCGUCCUACUCGCCUAUUGGUCAUAUUUUGCUCUCGCCUGGUCUUCGACACCUUCAUUCGACUCACUGAGCACGAUCGUUGACGAGUACUCAGCCGCUCCUCCAAGUGAGUCAGGAAUAAACCCAUACUUGAGGCAUGCAUUGCCGGAUGCUGUUCCCGAAAUUUACGACAUCCCUAUCGGGAUGGUGAACCGUGUUCUAUACGGUCCCCAUCCCCCUUCAAGAGCGGAGGAAAAAUCUCCGUCGUGA